CAAACAAAAAAGUCUCUUCACUCUUCAAACCAAAAACAUAAAGCCUAUACAAAAAGUCUAUUUUUCUCUCUCUCUCUCUCACUGCCUUUUGUUGUACAGUGUAACAAGACUAGAGUUUUGAGCAAAGAGAUAAAAAAUAAACCACAAAUGAAGAAGAAUCUAUGCUUUUGAUCAAGUCCAUGGAUGAGAAGGAAAACAACAAUCUUAAACCAGAAACAAGUACAGCCUUAUUCUCCGAUCAUCAGAUUCCGGCGAGUAAUAGUAAUUAUUCGUUAUCAAGCAUCUUUGAUAUGCCACCAUGUGAAACAGAAAAGGGUUCUUCUUUAAGUUUAAUAGAAACCAUGUUUGCUUCUCAUGAUCAAAUUACUACUUCUAUAUUCGAUUUGCUUCAACCUUCACCACCACCACCACCACAACCCUUAUUGAUUAAUCCAUCUCAAGCACAUGUAGCCAAGAUUCCAUCUGAGAAUAUUGUAAAUACUCCUAAUUCGUCGUCCAUUUCUACGUCAUCAAAUGAAGCUGCACCUAAUGAUGAUCAACAGACGACUAAAACAGUAGAACAACAACCUGAUGAUCAUCAAGACAAGAAUAAGAAACAGUUAAAGCCGAAAAAGAAGAAGCAAAAGAGGGAAAGAGAACCAAGAUUUGCGUUCAUGACGAAGAGUGAAAUUGAUCAUUUGGAUGAUGGUUUUAGAUGGAGAAAGUAUGGUCAAAAAGCAGUGAAAAACAGCCCCUUUCCCAGGAGCUACUAUCGUUGCACCACUCCAACAUGUGGUGUGAAGAAGAGAGUGGAAAGGUCAUCUGAAGAUCCUUCAAUAGUUGUUACAACUUAUGAAGGUACUCACACACAACCAUGCCCAAUUACACCACGUGGCAGCAUCGGCAUUCUGCCAGAAACCACCGGGUACGGUGGCUCAAUUGGUGGUGUUGGUAGUACUUCCUCUUUGUUUUUCCCGCAAUUUCAUUAUCAAGUGCAACAACAACAACAACAACAAUCGACCUAUUUUCAGACACCAACAUUACCUAUAAACUUUACUAGUACUACUAGUGAUUCCUCCUUGUUUUCGACUACUAAUUCAUCCCAAGAGAGAAUGUUUUCGCCUUCUACGUCUUCUUCUUCCUCUUUGGCUAGAGAUCACGGGCUUCUGCAGGAUAUGGUGCCAUCACAAAUGAGGAGAGAUCCAAAAGAAGAUCAGUAGGAACUAAAAAGGGCUUUUUCUUUAUGAUCAAUUGCCACGUAAAAGCCCAUUGAAGCGGAGAAACAUUUACUGCCAGAGGUUUCUACAUUCUUAGAGCUCGAAUACAGGACCUCUAAUUAAGGGUGGACGGGCCUCAUCCCACCACACCUAGAAGUAAAGUUGUUAUGUUGAUCAGUUGUUAUCUUGAUCAACUCUAUGUAUAGCCUUGUACUAGAGCAGCUAUAUGAUAUAGUAUCAAUUAACUUGAACUUCCAUUGUACCAUGGAUCAUGUUUCAUCACUUCAUUAUUUAGUGAAGCAUUGUAGCUAGCUCAAAAAUGAUAGUGAUGACGGUGGGUUUGCUGGCUCAGUGUUCCAUUUUAAGCUAAAUCUCAAGGAGCUUUCAUCACUAGGAGGGCAAAGGAAAGGAUGUAUGUGAUGAUCACUAGGAGCAUGGCGUCAGAUCUUGUUAAAGAUUUUUAAUUAAUGCAUAGUUCAAGUACUGGAGUUGGACAGCCAUGUCCACAUGACAGUCUUUUUGCUCGAAAUGUCCACUUCAAUUCAAUACCAUAGGCUAGUUCAGGCCAAACAUCAUUUCUUGCCUACACCAUUCUGAUUCCAACUUUGAUGCUUAACUGUUCACCAAACUUUGCCUUAUAUUAAUCUCUCCACACCUUCUACUUCCUCUUCCCCAUCCUUCCAUAUUAAUUACUACUAUAUACUUCCCUAUAUCCAGCAAUCUAUUUCCAGGCAUAUAUAUAUGUUACAUGGUGAUUCUUCAAUUCCCCUUCACGAGAUUCUUUUUUAUUCAUACAUAUUUGUA